AACAAGCAGGCACCAUACCAGAAGUGUGAGCAGUGGUUGGUGGCACAGCUCUGUCGCGGGCAACUGAUCGCUUGAAAUCAUGCUGGAUUGACUGAAGAGGCUACUACAAUCAAUGGCUUGGCUUUGAAAUCGUUAACAUUUUAUUGGAAAGGAGUGUGAGAGACAGAGGGAGAGCGAGGGAACAAGAGAGUGCGCACGAGUGAGAGAGGGGAGAGAGAGGUGUAAAUAAAGAUUAUUUCAACAAUGGAACUUACAAUGGAAAACAUUGGAAAUCUGCACGGCGUAUCUCAUUCUCAUCAAACGGGUGACUUAAUGAACUCUCCGCACCACGCACGGCAGUCCUUGGCGUCGCAUCGGAACUUGGUGUCGCACGGACGGUCAGCCAUGGUGUCCAGUAUGGCCUCAAUAUUAGAGGGAGCUGGGGAGUAUCGCACAGACCAUGCAUUGUCCGGUCCCUUGCACCCCGCCAUGACUAUGUCCUGCGACUCCGGGAUGACCAUGAGCAGUACUUACACUACGCUGACACCGCUGCAGCACCUGCCUCCCAUAGCCACCGUCUCGGAUAAAUUUCACCAUCAUCCUCACCCGCACGCUCACCACCAUCCGGCCCAUCAGCGUCUCACCGCCGGUAACGUCAGCGGCAGCUUCACGCUCAUGCGGGACGACAGGAGCCUUGCCUCAAUGAGCAACCUCUACGGCCACUACCCUAAAGACAUGUCCGGCAUGGGCCAGCCACUGUCCCCUCUCUCCAACGGCCUCGGGUCUUUGCACAACUCGCAGCAGACUCUUGGUGCCUAUGGUCAGGGAGCCCACCUCUCCAACGACAAGAUGCUCUCUUCGGGAGGCUUCGAGUCUCACGCUGCGAUGCUGUCCCGGAGCGAGGAACACCUGGCCCGGGGAUUUGGGGGCCACGGGGCCGGGAUCAUGUCAUCCCUGAACGGUAUGCACCAUCACAGCCAUCCGCACUCUCAGGCUAACGGAUCCAUGCUCUCUGACCGGGAGAGGCAGACGGCGGGGGGCGGGCAGGGUGGGUCCGGGCAGGUGGAAGAAAUAAACACCAAGGAGGUUGCACAACGAAUAACGGCGGAACUCAAGCGCUACAGCAUUCCCCAGGCCAUCUUCGCCCAGCGGAUCUUGUGUCGGUCCCAGGGAACCCUGUCUGACCUGCUGAGGAACCCUAAACCCUGGAGUAAACUCAAGUCUGGCCGGGAAACCUUCCGGAGGAUGUGGAAGUGGCUGCAAGAACCGGAGUUCCAGAGAAUGUCGGCACUCAGACUAGCAGGUGAACAGGACAUUGCCUGCAAGCGCAAGGAGCAGGAGCAGCACAAAGACUGCAACAUGGCGCCCAAAAAGCAGCGGCUGGUCUUCACAGACCUGCAGCGCCGCACACUCAUCGCCAUCUUCAAGGAGAACAAGCGCCCGUCCAAGGAGAUGCAGAUCACCAUCUCCCAGCAGCUGGGCCUGGAGCUCAACACCGUCAGCAACUUCUUCAUGAAUGCCCGGCGCCGCUGCGUGGAUCGCUGGCACGACGAACACGGCACCAGCCCCGGCCAGCCGGGCACCUCGGCCAACACCUUCUCCAAAGCCUGAGAGGCCCGGGGGGAGCCACGGGGUGGCAUGGGGAUGGGAAGGUAGUACCUCCUGUAGCCCACUCCGUUCCCAAUAACCAUGUUGAUGCCUCAUUCCUU